GUUCCUGCUCGUUCCCCGGGCUGGAAAAAAGCAAAUUUCCAGCUGUUUUGAUAUAUAAAGUGGUCGGUAUUUCGAGCUUGUUUCUUUCAACGAUCGCCUUUCAUACUCUCCAAUUCUCUAGAAUCGAAUCACUAGGUACCUGCCCGACUACCUCGAAAAUGCAUCUCAAAUGGACCCUCACCCUCCUCGCCCUCGCCACGGCCAGCACAGCCAAAUACCUCAAAGCCGACGAAUCCUGCGGCGACAACAUCGCCUGCAGCAAGUCCUGCUAUGAGGGCAAAUUCCACGUCGUUAACUCCUUCCGCGGCAGCUAUCUGGGCUGCAAGCUCGGCAGCAAGAGCGACACAUACGCCGUGGGUACCUGCGGCAGUACAAAGCAUAACACCGCUGCCUGUGCGCGGGUUUCUGGGGAGGUGUGCACCCCGUAUCAUGGUAGUUCGACGUGUGUGGUGCAGCAGGAUAUGAUGGACGAUUAUAUGACGUACUGUCGGGAGUCGUGGAGGUAUACGUCUGGUUCGGUGGUUGUGGAGGAUGUUGGGCUGAGAGAGGCGAAGCAGCAUGCUGGGUGUUAGGUGGAUGGGUUGUAUAUAAAGCGAUAUGAAUAAUGCACAUUUUGAUUGAAUGUAGACCUAUAGCAACUAUAUAAUAUAGAUAAGAAAAUGGUCUUGCUAUCAUAAUAACACUAUCAAUGAAUGGCUUGAGCACGUGUAU